AUGGGAUCUUGGAGACCGAAACUGCCUGGGUUUGGCGAGGGCUCACAGGCUGCUGAGCCCGGUGGUGGUGGGAGAGGUCCUGGAAGAGGUUUCCGUGGCCGCGGUGGCUCCUACCAUCAACAACUCCCACAAGGGGGUCGUGGAACUGGCUACUACCAGCAUGGACAGGGUUCCAUGUUACAACCUCGCGGAGGGAUGAUGUCGCAGAGGUGGCAGCCUGCUGGCCCUGCUGAAGGAUAUCUGGGCCAAGGUCAGGCUUACAGGGAAGUGCAGCCACCACACUACUAUGGUGGUGGUAGAGGUGGACGUGGGGCAGGCCCGUCCGCCAUAGCUCCCGAGCUGCGCCAAGCAAUGGAAACUUCACAUGAACCUGAUAACAUCUCACCAGAAACAGGCUCUCCGGAUCUGUCACCAAGAGCUUCUACUGUAGAAGUUACGGAUCAGCUGAAAGAUUUGUCUGUACAAGACGAAUCAAACAUGUGCCAAGACAUUGUGCAAGCAUUUCCAGUGUCCAGCAAUGCAUAUAAGUUUCCUCACCGCCCAGGAAGUGGAAGUAUUGGCACCAGGUGUUUGGUGAAGGCAAAUCACUUCUUUGCUGAAUUACCUGACAAGGAUCUUCAUCAGUAUGAUGUUUCAAUCACCCCGGAAGUUACAUCGCGAAUUGUGAACCGCUCUGUCAUGGAAGAGCUGGUGAAGCUACACAAGAUGCGUAAGAAAACAUACAAGGUGGUGAUUAAAUUUGCUGCAAGGGCUGAUCUCCGUCGUCUGGACCAAUUUUUAGCUGGAAGGCAGGCAGAGGCUCCUCAAGAAGCCUUGCAAGUUCUUGAUAUUGUUCUGCGGGAGCUGCCAACAGCAAGAUAUGCAAUAUUUGGGCGAUCAUUUUUCUCUCCUGACCUGGGGAGGAGGCGGUCCCUUGGUGAGGGAAUAGAAUGCUGGCGUGGGUUUUACCAGAGCAUUCGGCCUACUCAAAUGGGCCUGUCAUUGAAUAUUGAUAUGUCGGCAACAGCUUUCUUUGAGCCAUUACCUGUGAUAGAUUUUGUUGCACAGCUUUUAAACACCGACAUCCACUCAAGGCCUCUCUCAGACGCUGAACGUGUCAAGAUAAAGAAGGCCUUAAGAGGAGUGAAGGUGGAAGUUACCCACCGUGGUAACAUGCGACGGAAGUAUCGAAUAGCUGGUUUAACAUCUCUGGCAACUCGGGAGUUAACUUUUCCUGUUGAUCAAGGCGGCACAUUGAAGUCGGUUGUACAAUAUUUUCAAGAGACCUAUGGCUUUGCCAUCCAGCACACCUACCUGCCCUGUCUGCAAGUUGGCAAUCAGCAGCACCCAAAUUACCUUCCAAUGGAGGUCUGCAAAAUAGUAGAGGGACAGAGGUACUCUAAGAGAUUAAACCAGGGUCAGAUAAGAGCUCUUUUAGAGGAGACAUGCCAGCGCCCACAUGAUCGGGAGCGUGACAUUAUUCAGAUGGUGAAUCAUAACUCUUACCAUGAGGAUCCUUAUGCUAAAGAGUUUGGCAUUAAGAUCAGUGAGCGUUUGGCUUCAAUUGAGGCACGGAUUUUACCUGCUCCUCGGCUAAAGUAUAAUGAAACUGGCAGAGAGAAGGACUGCUUGCCUAGAGUUGGGCAGUGGAAUAUGAUGAACAAGAAAAUGGUAAAUGGUGGUAGAGUGAGGAGCUGGAUCUGUGUCAAUUUUGCUCGAAACGUGCAAGAGAGCGUUGCUGUUGGAUUCUGUCGUGAACUUGCUCGCAUGUGCCAAGCCUCGGGAAUGGACUUUGCCUUGGAGACUGUUCUUCCGCCUAUAUAUGCACAUCCUGAUAAAGUGGAGAGAGCUCUGAAAGCCAGGUUCCAUGAUGCAAUGAACAUGCUCGGACCACAGCGCAGAGAACUCGAUUUGCUUAUUGGAAUACUUCCUGAUAACAACGGUUCUCUUUAUGGUGAUUUGAAGCGUAUCUGUGAAAUUGACCUUGGAUUAGUUUCACAGUGCUGCUGUGCAAAGCAAGUUUUUAAGAUGAACAAACAGAUACUGGCAAAUCUCGCUCUGAAGAUAAAUGUCAAGGUUGGAGGAAGGAACACAGUGCUGGCUGAUGCAGUGUCAAGACGCAUUCCUUUGGUGACUGACAGGCCUACCAUCAUAUUUGGUGCUGAUGUGACCCAUCCUCAUCCUGGUGAAGAUAGCAGCCCUUCCAUUGCUGCUGUUGUGGCUUCCCAAGAUUGGCCUGAGGUGACAAAGUAUGCUGGUUUAGUUUCUGCUCAAUCUCAUAGGCAAGAGUUAAUAGAGGAUCUGUAUAAGGUCACACAUGAUCCUCAGAAAGGAACCAUUUGUGGUGGCAUGAUCAGGGAGCUUCUUAUAUCCUUCAAAAGAUCAACUGGUCAAAAGCCUCAGAGGAUACUAUUCUACAGGCAGUUCUACCAAGUUCUACUGCAUGAACUGGAUGCAAUCCGAAAGGCGUGUGCAUCGCUGGAAGCAAAUUACCAACCACAGGUGACUUUCAUCGUGGUCCAGAAACGGCACCACACGAGGUUGUUCGCACACAACCACAAUGAUCAGAAUUCAGUCGACAGGAGUGGGAACAUACUUCCUGGUACUGUUGUGGACUCGAAGAUCUGCCACCCCACAGAGUUUGACUUCUUCCUGUGCAGCCAUGCUGGCAUCAAGGGCACGAGCCGUCCUGCUCACUACCAUGUCUUAUGGGAUGAAAACAACUUCACAGCUGAUGCAUUGCAGACCCUUACCAACAACCUUUGCUACACUUACGCGAGGUGCACACGUUCUGUAUCCAUUGUCCCACCAGCCUACUACGCUCAUCUGGCUGCAUUCCGCGCCCGGUUCUACAUGGAGCCUGACAGCUCAGACAGUGGAUCACUGGCGAGUGGCGCCCGUGGAGGCGGAGCGCCGUCCAACUCGUCGACAUCCCGCAGUACCCGUGCCGCCAACGCCGGAGUUGUUAGGCCCCUUCCCGCGCUCAAGGACAGUGUCAAGAACGUCAUGUUCUACUGCUGA